AGGGAAAGAGGAGGAAGUGUCGGGGCAUGCGCAGUGAUCCAAAACAUUAGAUUCGCCAUUUUUUGAUGAUGUGAAUAAUAUUGUCGAUUAACUGUGGAAAAUGACUACUUUUGCAGAAAGCUUCUGGGGAGGGAAGAACAAUGGAUUUUAUGUGUUAUAUCAUAACAUGAAACAUGGUCAAACAUCUACUAAAGAUCUUAUUGACUUCCUUCGAGAAAGUUGUCAAGUUGAAGAGACAUAUAGUAAACUAUUGACAAAAUUGGCGAAAGUUGCUGCUAACAACACACAUGUAGGAACUUUUGCACCAUUUUGGAAUAUAUUGAAGACCUUGUCAGAGAAGCUGGCCAGUUUACACAUGCAGCUUGUGCAUACAUGGUCUGACCUCAUUAAAGACAUUGUCAGAUAUAAUGAGGACCAACAUAGACGUCAUAAAACUAUGAAGGAGGGAGAGUCGGGCACAUUAGAAGUUGUACAGUCCAUACAGACUACAACCACAGCACUACAUAGGGCAAAAGAAAUAUACCACACAAGAUGUUUAGAAUUAGAAAGAUUAAAAAGAGAAAAUGCCUCACCAAAAGAUAUAGAAAAGUCUGAAACUAAAUAUAAAAAAGCAAAGGAAGAAUACAAAAAUUUAGUAGAUAAAUAUGCUACUAUUAGAGAAGAUUUUCAAAAUAAAAUGGUUGAUUCUUGUACACAUUUCCAAGAGUUGGAAGAAGAACAUAUAUGUCAAAUGAAAGAUUUUAUAGAUACCUAUGCAAGAGCUAUGCAGAAUGAGCAUGUCCUCUUUGGACAGGCACAAGAGGAAUUUAGAACUAACUGUGAUUCAUUAACUGUACAGAAAUUGUUAGAAACUUUUAUAGAUGUUAAAUCAACAGGCAAAGAAAAACCAGGACCUUUAGAGUUUGUUGAGCCGGAUUUAUCAAGUUUACCAUCGGCGAGACCGAUGUCGCCAGAUGCCGGUAGUACUGAGAAACGAGACAGCAUCAGUGAUAGAAGUAAAGCAGAUUCAGCCAUAUUUACGGACUCAAGUGGUAGUGCAAGUCCCGUACCAUCCGACCAGCCGGGACCUCUGAGCCGCAGCGUCAAACUACGGGUCUCCCGAACAUGGUUUUUAAAGAAGAGAAAAGAAAAGAAGAAGAAGAAAAAAGACAAAGAUGAUAAAGAUUCUGAAUCAGUUGAUACACAAGAAAGUGGUGAAGCAUCACAAAAUGCUCCAGAAGUUGACGAGGAAGGUUUCAGUAUACGACCAACAAGUGCAGAUAUAGAUAAUGGUGAUAAUAAAAGUUGGUAUUCCUCAGAUUCAGACUCGGAUUCAGAUUCAGAUAUUGCGAAAAAGUUAAAAGUUCAAAUUAAGCCUUUGAGUCCAACAGGAACUCAGCCGUCUGCAAAUGUAGAUGAUAUUAGGACAUCAAUGGGCAUGCUGCGACUCUCACCUACAGUAGGGAGGAAAGGACGAACAACUCCAAUAGACAAGAAGAUGAUGAUGAAGAGAUCACAGUCUGAGUCAGAUACUCUAGAUGUUGUGACAAACAAGUCUAAUGUAGAUUUAUUGAAUAUAGACAUAUUUGCAUCAAGUGCUUCAACACCAACAGGGGGAGGUUAUCAGUUACCGUCGCCCCUUUCACCCAUGUCAGAUGGUGUGUUCAAUAAUAGUGAUACUAGUGCUAUAACCUCAUCACCUCUUUCUUUAUCUAAUACGAGUGACUUGAUGAGUCAGACUCAAUUAUCUGGUAGUGAUCAGCCUAGUAUGUCACCUAGUCAAAAUGUUGUAGAGAAUGGUGUAGCCCCGCCCCUGCCACAGAGACCGCCCUCAAGAAAUAAAGGUGUUCUACCUCAGGUACCUGCUAGACCGUCAGGGAGGAACAGUCCGUUUGGUUUGAACCGCGUAGAUUCAGGUAGUGCUAUUACCUGGAACACGACAUCAAUGCCAGUAGGGUCUUCGCGUGGUCCAAGUCCAUUGACAAUAGGAAUGGCAGAUGUUGUACCUCUUGCUGUUGCCUUUACUGAAACUAUCAACGCAUACUUCAAGGGAACAGAUGCUACCAAAUGUUCGGUGAAAAUGACCGGCAAUUUGAUGAUGUCAUUUCCUGCGGGAGUCGUUAAGGUUUUUAUGGAAAACCCAAAUCCUGCAGCUCUUAGUUUUAGACUCAAAAAUGGGUCACAAUUGGAACAAAUUUUGUUAAAUAAGCAAUUGGUAUCAGAGGAUUCUAGUCAGUCUAUAGAUGGGAGUCCAGUCUACACAUUUGAUAUGCCAGCACUCAGUGAUCAUCUUAGAAGUCAGGGAGAAAGCAAUAAAUCAGCGUCGUAUUUUAAUAUAGACAUACUUAAAUAUCAGGUAAGAUAUGAUUUCUUGGUCCCUGGGGGAAUUUUUAAAGUCCCCCUUUGGGGCCAGUUGUUGUAUAUGGAAAAUUUUGAGGAUACUUGUACAAACUAUAGACUGGAUUAUAGAUUUAAUCCGUCGGCUAUGACAUCAGGGGCAACAUUAAAAAAUAUCAGUGCGACAGUUAUAGUAGAUGGAGGGGUGACCAACAUGCAAAGUAUACCGGAGGGCAACUGGAAUAGUGAGACCAAAAGAGCUACAUGGAAGUUAAAUGAUAUAUCUGAAGUGAGUGAAAGUGGUACUUCAGGCUCCAUACGUGCCAAGUUAACGCUCAGCAACGGGAAAUCUACUCCAUCGACAACGGCCAUACAGUUUCUGUCUGAGGGUGCCACUCUAUCGGGAGUCGAGUUUGAACUAGUUGGAUCAGGUUAUAGAAUAUCACUGUCCAAGAAAAGAUUUGGUGCAGGUAAAUAUUUAGCUGACCCAGACCAGGGAAUGAAAUAAGUUUGACAGGGACACAGUCUACAUAACCAAAUAAGGAGAACCAUUCCAGUCUACUGAUCUCACCAAUCAGAUUCCAGUUAACGUUUUCAAAUCAACCAAUCACAAUCAUUCUAAUAAUUAUAGAAUUAGUAAAAUUUUACAUUUGUUUUU